GGGUGGCUGCAGGUGGUCAGGAUCCUCUCUGGUGUGUGUGAGCUGAUCAUGGACUUCUCUCUUUACCUCUUCACUGUACUCUCCCUCCUCUCUCAGUGCUCAGCUCAGUGGUGUUACCAGAGCCAGUACUCCUGUGCCGAUACAUGCAGAGACCCGGGUCACUGGGCAGCUCAGUUUCCAAGCUGUGGAGGAUUACGUCAGUCACCUAUCAACAUUGUCACCAGCAAAGUGCAUGUCAACACCGCCCUGCCACCCCUCAACUUCAUAGGUCACACAAACAGGAUCAACAUCACAGUGGAGAACCUGGGACACUCUGCCCACUUUGCCCUGCCUCAGUCUAUCCGUCUGACUGGAGGGGCUCUGCCAGGUCACUACAGGGCCUUCCAGUUUCAUUUCCACUGGGGUGUAAAUGGAGAACCAGGAUCAGAGCACACAAUAGAUGGAGAGAGAUUCCCCAUGGAGCUUCACAUUGUCCACAUCAAGGAGCCAUAUGGUUCUCUGGCAGAAGCAGAGCAUCGCGAUAUAGCUGGUAUAGCUCUGCUCGCCUUCCUGUUUGAGGAAACCACAGAAGAUAACCCUCAUAUUGACACAGUAAUAGAUGCUUUAGGCCGAGUACAAAACAAUGGCAGCAGAACAGUGAUCACAGACUUCCGGCUCAGUGACAUCAUUCCAUCUGCAAAGGAGCUCCACAGCUACUAUCGCUAUGUGGGCUCCAUGACAACACCAGGCUGUGAGCAGGCGGUUGCCUGGACACUGUUCCACAAGACCCUGCCCAUCAGUAACAGACAGCUGGUGGCGAUAGCUCAGCAGUGUCGAUUUUGGACCGGCCAGCCCAUGACCGACAUCUUCCGGCCAACGCAGCCUCUCGAUGGCCGAGUUGUUUAUCGGUCCAUGGCAAGUUCACUUCUGCCUGAUGUGAUCCUGCUGUGGCUGGGAGUUUUCUGUGGGGGGUGGAGUCUGAUACAGUGA